AUGGCCGUUAUUGAACUUAUCUUUCCCAAGUUUAAGCCCGAUCAGGGUACAAUCGACGAGAUGGAGCGAGACUGGCCUAUCAUCUUUGACAAAUUGACCAACCCGAACCCGGGACUGCUGUGUGUCUUUCGAGGCUGGAUUCUCACGGAGAAUGGACGUAACGUGAGAGAGGAGAAUAGAGCAUUUCUGCUCUUUGAAUGGAACAAAGUAGAGUCGUUCCAUUCCUUCGUUGCCUCGGACCAAUUUGCCGGUUUCGCUGCGUUGAUUAGGCAUCUAGUAACUGGACCAUCAACGCUACAACUUUGUGAAACAAACCUCAGCCCCAAGGAUGCGGCAACUGCAUCUAGUAUUGAGGUCAUACGCGUGACCGUGCCAAGUGCUGAAAAUGCCAAAGCGGCUCUGGAAAUCUGGGAGAAAAUCUCUCUCAAGGCCAAAGCGAGAUUCGGAGAUAAAGUUGCUAUCACAUACGGCAAGAGUCAGAAUCUUGACGAAGAGGUUAUUGCGGGCAUUAUUGGAUGGUCCAGACCGGAGGACUGUGUUCAAGCCACCGAAGCGGGUGUGCUGGCAGAUUCUUUCCAGUCAUUGAAGGAGUUGGGUGAUCUAUCACAUAUCACUGUUGAACUUGGAGCGAUGGAGCUUCCACCUAUGUAA